AUGAAGGUGAUUCCAACUGGCUUUUCCCAGGCGACAGUGUCCUCGCAUCGUUUGUUCCAUAUCUUGGUCCUGCCAAACUCUUCGAUCCUGCUCACGAACUUUGUCACCAUGAUCGUCGCAAUCCACUUGGUGGUGGUAAAUAGCUGCUUCCAGGUCUCAAUGAGUCUCGUUGGCACCAAACCUCGGUAUAACUCCUUGACCUCCCAAUCCGCAUCACUCUCCGGUGCCUCUCCUUCCGCAACGUGCAGCGUCCACAGCCCCCCCCCCGCAGUCUCCACAGCCUCAGCGGCGCAGGACGCGCCCUCUGCUGCAGAUACCAGUACUGGCAGGAAAAGCGGCGUCAAGAAGCUCGCCCUGGGUCUCUCCGAGGCUCCAUCCAAGCAAGUAAAGGCUUGCCCUAGUUAUGCGAGCGGAGUACAGGCUGCCGGCGUGCAACAUCCUGCACUGUUCAUUGGUCCUAACGGACGAUUGACACCAGACCGACCUGGAAUAACAGAGCAGCUUGUCUCAUCUCUAGUCACAGAACUACGGCCAGGCCACAUAGUGCACGACCUCAACCGCAGUCGUACACUUCAACAGCAACCCAGAACAAGCACAUCGAAAAAGCACCCCGUGGAAGACCGUCUAAAGACCCGGCGGCACAUUCAGGCGAAAACAAUUGCGCGCUCGAUUUAUGACGAUUUCCUGGGCGUUCUCUCAGAUUGCGCAACCGACAAAGAGCUGUCAAGAUAUACCCCUGAGCAUCAUCCAGGCGGAGCUGGCGGUGGAGGUCCGGACCGCGGUUCGGCAAGCAUCUCCAGAGACCGCCCAAGUUCAUCGUGA